AUGGUCAGCGUACGGGCUCUCCUCCUCGCGGCCACUUGCUGCUGCGCCUACCUGUGGCUCGCUGGUGCAGAGGACUCCUCGCUGGAGACGCGCUCGAUGGAUUUCCCGCUGAAAAGCCAACAGGAGAAAGACCUGAUUGACGCGUUGCAAGAAGUUCUGGAGAAGCUGAGGAGCAAGGAGAUGCCCCUAGAGAAAAAGCUUGGCUGGUUGCCUUCGUGUGACGCAGGGGAGCCCUGUGCCGUGCGUAAAGGCGCGCGUAUUGGCACGCUGUGCAGCUGUCCCCGGGGGACUUCCUGUAACUUUUAUGUUCUUAAAUGUUUGUGA